UCUUGGCAAAACCCAAAGACCUUUCUUAAAGAAAUCUAUAGUCAGAACUUUAUGCUGCAUUUUUACUCAGGAAAGGAACAGAAAGAGAAGGGCAUUAUCUCCUAGGAAUUCAGCACUGGAGAGACGAGGAAAAUUCUUCCAAGGAUGGUCUCCCACUCAGAGUUGAGGAAACUUUUCUGUUCAGCAGAUGCAGUGUGUUUUGAUGUUGAUAGCACAGUCAUCAGAGAAGAAGGAAUUGAUGAGCUGGCCAAAAUCUGUGGAGUUGAGGAUGCAGUGUCAGAAAUGACACGGCGCGCCAUGGGCGGGGCAGUCCCUUUCAAAGCUGCUCUCACAGAGCGCUUGGCGCUGAUCCAGCCCUCCAGGGAACAGGUGCAAAAGCUCAUAGCAGAGCGUCCCCCACACCUGACUCCUGGCAUAAGGGAGCUGGUAAGUCGCCUACAGGAGCGAAAUGUUCAGGUUUUCCUAAUAUCUGGUGGCUUUAGGAGUAUUGUAGAGCACGUUGCUGCAAAGCUCAAUAUCCCAGCAACGAAUGUAUUUGCCAAUAGGCUGAAAUUCUACUUUAAUGGCGAAUAUGCAGGUUUUGAUGAGACGCAGCCAACAGCCGAAUCUGGUGGGAAAGGAAAAGUUAUUAAACUUUUAAAGGAAAAAUUUCAUUUUAAGAAAAUAGUCAUGAUUGGAGAUGGAGCUACAGACAUGGAAGCCUGUCCUCCUGCUGAUGCCUUCAUUGGAUUUGGAGGAAAUGUGGUCAGGCAACAAGUAAAGGACAACGCCAAAUGGUAUAUCACUGAUUUUGUAGAGCUUUUGGGAGAAUUGGAAGAAUAGUAUUCAUUUUUAUACAGCUCAUAACAACUUGAGAUUAAUUUUAUAAAGUUAUACACAUUGAUACUGUUGGCUUACAAUUGCCCAUUCCAACUUGAUAUAUGAAGUUGGUACCGAUCAUCUGUACUUUCAAGUAAACUACAGUUAGGACCCCUAGAAGAUUGCCUUUUUUUAAAACUGUAAUUCCAGUAUUAUUAUGACCAUUAAUUACUUGGAGAGUUUUAUAAUCUGAAUUCUUUAUGUAUAUUCCUAGCCAUAUUUUAUAUGAAGCCUUUUAAGGGUGGAUAGUAAAUUAAACAUCUUUAUUAUUGGAAGUAUGGAUUCAGUAACCUAAACUGAAUAUUGGUUUUCCCUUUGGUAUAUAAAUAAAAGUUUAUCCACAUAUCAGCA